GGGCGAAGGAUGCCGCUGGAGGGCUCCGCGGAUGCCGCUGCGGAGCGAGACAGAUGAGAAUCCAAAGUUGGCCUUUGAUGACACCCCCCUGAGGGCUUUCACGGAGCAAGAUGGUGCUGGACUCAGGGCCCCAGUCCUACCCACAGCAGCAUCCCGAUGAUUUUGGCAACGGCCUGCCGCAGAGGAGAGGUGGGAAGAAGGGCUCCCCGUGUGAUGGUCUGCGGCUUUAUCCGUUCCUGUCCCCUUCCCUUUCCCUGGAGUCAGACUCUUCCAGCCCAACGCAAAGCACCCGGCUGCCCUCGAAAGCCAACUGCCUCCGAAAACCCGGGCCCAGACCGCCGCCGAACUUCUGCCCCACCUUCCCGAGUCCUUGCAGCUGGAUGCGCCGGAGCGAAAGCACGUGCGCAGUGAACCGGAGAGACCGGGCACGAGGCCAGAUCCGUAGUGCCGCAUCCCUACCUCACAUCCCCAAACCCAAGGCUGUGAGCUCUGGCGGCAGGAGGAGCCCUUGUUUGUUGGUAGCCCUGAGGCCCGUGAACAUCGAGGCGGAAAGGGAGAAAUUCUUCCACUCAUGUUACUCCUAUAACCCUCAGUUUCAAUAUGAGGAGCCUCUUCCCGAAGCCAUCUUGGAAAAAUACAAAGAGGCCUCUGGCCAAUUUAUCUCACAGGCAAUCGGAAUCGUUAAUGCCGUCCUGGAGAAAUACGGCACGUAUGAGAGCUUUGAAGCCACGAAUGGCGGGAAACUGCUCAGCAAAUGCCAGAUCUGGUCCAUCAUCCGGAAGUACAUGCAAAAGGAAGGCUGUUCUGGAGAGGUUGUGGUUCAGCUCACCGAAGAUCUGCUUUCCCAAGCUGUGAUGAUGGUGGAGAACAGUCGCCCGACUUUGGCCAUCAACCUUUCCGGAGCCCGGCAGAACUGGCUGGAGGGCAUGUUGCGUCAUGAAAUAGGCACCCACUACAUCCGUGGUGUCAACAACGCCCAUCAGCCCUGGCACAGCUUGGAAGGCCGCAGAGAGUAUGGCCUGAAACCCGCGAACCCAACAGAGGAAGGGCUGGCAAGCUUGCACAGCGUCCUCUUCCGAAAGCAGCCCUUCCUGUGGAGGGCAGCCCUGCUCUACUAUACCAUCUACCAGGCCAGCCACAUGUCCUUCUGCGAGCUCUUCCGAGACCUGGACCGCUACGUGCAGGAUGCAGGAGUGCGGUGGGAGUACUGCGUGCGGGCCAAGCGAGGGCAGACGGACACUUCCAAGCCAGGAUGUUUCAGUAAAGAUCAAGUAUACCUAGAUGGAAUUCUCCGCAUCCUGAGGCACCGGCAAACCAUCGACUUCCACUUGUUGGCUGCGCUGGGAAAGGUCUCCUACGAAGACAUUGAUCACCUCAAGAAAUUCGGCGCUCUGGACAAGGCCCGCAUCCCCCACUUUAUGCUGGACCGCGAACGGUACAACCAGCUGCUCGACCACAUCGUUACAACCAACUGCCUCAAGGAUGAAGAGCUGGAACAGCUGCUCCCGGACUGA